AUGGAUAUGAAUCGAUAUCCAGUUCCCGAAGAGGUCUUGGAGAGAAGACACUCUGAUACGUGCAUCCCACACCAGCAUAUGAACAUGCCGAUCACUCCUAAACAGCCCCAUACCGAAUAUACACACCCACACUUCGCCAUGAUAUACCUCGACCACAACGGUCAAUGGCAACUACAAGCCUCGCCCUCAAUUGCAGGCUGCGAAGGCGCCAUCUUCACUCAAGAUGUUACAGACCGAUUCAUAGAAAUGACUGGCCAGACGCCCCAAACCAGUCCGCAGUUCCCAAACCCGACCCAAGCACCCCACUCCCCUUGGGACGAGCAACCUGCUUCGGGAUGGGCCCCGCCUCAGGCGCGACAGGCCGAGAUGAUCCCGUUCCAAUGGUCAUCACAGCAAAGCCGAAAAAAGUCGAGGCGUGCCGGCGGUACGCCCAAGUCUCGACCGAAAUCUACCUCGCCGCCGCCUGUCGCUCCGGCUCCCGGGCGGACGGUCCUUCGUGUCGGGAACCGGGCGCUGCUGCGACGGUACUAUGAGAAGGCAUUUGAGGAUUUCCAGCAGCUCAACUGCCGGGCGAUUGCGAAAUCCUAUAUUAAGCUUGUCGAGCCGAGGAAGCAGGUCCACUACCCGUAUAACGGGCGCAGGGUGAUUGCCGGUGUCUCGCAGCGUGUUGACCCGGAGUUCACGAAGCCUGCGUGGUGGCCUGCUGGUGUCUUGCACAAAGAGCCUGAUCAUCUGCUCAAACCUGAUCGUCUGCGACUUCUGGUUCAUAUCCUCUGUGAACUAAAGGAUAGCCACGGAGUCACAACGGAUAAGCUGCGAGAAGCUGGCCAAGACGUCAGACGGCAGAUCACACCUGCCCACCGGCUGCAGGUUCUCGACGAGAUCUACUUUGUGCGCCAAAUGGAAGAACAAUAUCUGGAUGGUGAAAUCGACGCCAGCACCUUGAUUCAGAUAACACAGACACAUCUACCCGAAGCAAUCUUCCCAGACGAUGACCUAUCAUCUCGUGCACACGCAGCACCCGUAACAGCCCCUUCCAUCGAGGCCGAACAUAACAUGCACGACGCCCGCGACAACCCUGUUAUCUCCACGCUGGAAGACGAUGACCCAAAGCUGCACCACUCGCAUAGUCUGCCCCUAUCACCCACUACUAGCGAGUCCAGUGGUCCACACAGCCCAACUGGCAGUUUCGGCUACCCAAUAGCCAUAGCACCCUCCGUGCAUGUAAUACCCCCUCUCGAGUCCCCCAAUGUCACAAAGUCUAUACAUCCAGACCCGAGUUAUCUGUCGGGGUACUACUCGCAGCAAUUCGUGUCUGAUAAAGCGCCUGGGUUUUGGCCACAUGCCAAUACUGCCUCGCACUCCUCCAUCCAACCACCACUCACAUCGCCAGCACACGUCAAUUCCUCACCUUCUCGCUGGCUCUUGACUCCCUACAUCGCCGUUUCCGUGCCAUGCGCCAGUAAGCCCGCAGUUGUUUACUUCUUGGAUCGCCAACCACAGUCCGCCAUCCGCGCCCUCCGACUCCAACACACGCGUGAUCUACCGAUAAGUCGACCGUAUCCCAACACCCGGGACGGACCGACAAUACUCUGCUUCCAGCAACAGUUUCUAAUGGAAAGCACCGGCUCGAGGAGAAAAUCCGAUACCAUGUCGGCCGAGCCUCCGGUCUCCACGCCAGUCGUGGAGGAUGUGUCUUCAGAUGACUCCGACAACGAUGAAUCCGACUCUCCUGCCAUAACCCCAGGAACCCUGUCGCGCAACGGCUCCUUCUCAAACAGCAGCUCGUACCUAGAAGACUGGGAGUCAUUUCCACCGCUGGACAAGCUGACUAUUUUCGACCUCCUCGACAACAUCCACCUCUCACAGCGUCUGGAGACUUGGCAGCAGACCCUCGCCGCGCAAAGGGAGAAGGUGCGCAAGCAGCGGGAGAAGCUGAGGUUGUCGUCCUUGAAUGCCAAGGACCGUGUUAUGGGUGAAUGGAAGCGCCAUGCACCGACCGCCGAGGAGAAGCUGGAGAAAUAUCGUGCUCGGAUGAAGCAUGGCGUUGAGCGUCUCGGCAAGCGGUGGAGCCAGACGGCGACUGUCACCCUCCGGGAGAAGAUGUCGUUUAUUGCUGGUGUGCUCAAUAUCUUCAUCAGCGGCUACCUGAUCGGUGCUUGCCCGGAGUACUUUUACUACUGGUUUAGCGGCCAGCUGGCUUUUUUCAUGCCCAUCCGCUACUUUACAUACCAUGCUAAAGGCUACCACUACUUCUUGGCCGAUCUCUGCUACUUUGUCAAUUUGCUCUGCAUGCUGAGUAUUUGGGUCUUCCCGAACUCGAAACGGCUUUUCAUUAGCACGUUCUGCUUGACUUUCGGAAACAAUGCGGUUGCAAUCGCCAUGUGGCGGAACUCGAUGGUGUUCCACAGUAUGGACAAGGUCGUCAGUCUCUUCAUCCAUAUUAUGCCACCCGUGACUCUGCACUGCAUCGUACACCUGACUCCGGUUGCGAUACUCAAGGAACGCUUCCCUGCUGUCUACGACAUCAAGUUCAGUAAGCCCGGGGACCCAGAGCAUUAUGGUCUUGGUGCCAUGAUCCUCUGGUCCACGGCCCCCUAUGUGGUGUGGCAGCUCAUGUACCACUUCCUGAUUACCGUGCGCCGCCGCGACCAAAUCGCAGCGGGUCGUCCGACCAGCUUCACCUGGCUGCGCAAGUCAUACUCCAAAGCGUGGAUUGGGCGGUUUGUGCUGAGUCUACCCGAGACGCUGCAAGAGCCAUGCUUUAUGGUGAUCCAGUACGCGUACGCUUUGUCCACCAUGCUCCCCUGUCCGAUCUGGUUCUGGUACAAAUGGGCCAGCGGUCUGUUCAUGUCUGCGCUAUUCGUCUGGAGCAUCCACAAUGGAGCGACCUACUACAUCGACGUCUUUGGAAGGCGCUUCCAAAAGGAGCUGGAACAGCUUAGGACAGAUAUGGCUCGUUGGCAGAACUCUCCCGAAGGAUCAACUAGUCCUAUCCUUAUCCCUGAGCCCAGCCCUCUCAGUGAAGCCAUCAAUGCACACAGCGAGGAGAAGCGAUCUAGCGUUGAUCGAAUCCCUUUGUUGGAAACUGCCGAUGUCUCCUCUACUGAUAUACCGGAGAAAGACAACAAGGAUUCUGUUGUUCGAGAGCGAAUUUGA